AUGACUGGAUCUAUUUCAUCUUCAAUAACUGAAUCUGUGUUAGGAGAAUAUAUAUCUUCACCUUCUUUAAAUAGAGAAGAACCUAGAAAUAAUGAAACACAAAAACGAAAAAAGCGUGACAAUAGUAGCAUUGUGUGGGAUUAUUUCAAAACUGAAACAAUAACAAAUAAUCGAAAUAUGCUCAGUCAUCUUUGGACUAAGUAUAGGAUAGAUAAAGAUCAUCCUGAAGAAAUGACUACUAAUGGUUCAAUUGUCAAAGUAAUGCAUAUUAUUACCAAACGACGACAACAAAAAUUAUCUCAAUUAUUGAUUGAAUUUAUUAUUCAAGAUUGUCAACCUCUCAACAUUCUACGUAACCCAGCUUUUCGUCAAUUUGUAAACAAUUUGGAAGUUGGAUUUCAAAUUCCUUGUAAAGUAACAGCAAAAAAAAUGAUUGAUCAAGCUUAUAAUUGGAGUCACGAUUAA